AUGUCGCUUGACUCCCGCCAAUAUAGCCUUUUAUCUCUCCUCCUCAAAAUCUAGCCCCACUUCUGUUAUCAUUGACUUAACACACAUCAUCCGAUUCCCCACAAUCAUGUCUCCUCUCCUUCUCCUGAUCAUCUUUUUUACGCUCUUCCCCCUUUCUCUCUCUAAAAUCUCUUACCACAUUGACUGCGGUGGCUCCAACACUCUCGUCGAUCACUUUAAAACUACUUGGCUUUCCGAUCGUUUCUUCACUGGUGGUUCUACUUCCGUCGUUUCUGAACCUUUGCAUUUUUCUCUCCAACAAGAGAAGACACUUCGUUUCUUCCCUCCCACUACUUCUGGUCCCAAAAACUGUUACAUUAUUCCAACCUCCAUUAAUGGCGGUCGUUAUCUCAUCCGGACUUUCACUGUUUAUGAUAAUUACGAUGGCAAGAAUCGUCCUCCGAGCUUUGAAAUGUCCGUUGAAGGUACUGUGGUUUUCAGUUAUAAAUCUCCAUGGCCGGAAACUUACGCUUCAGAUGGUUCUUACUCUGAUCUCAUCGCUUACGUGUCUGAUGGAGAAGCUGAUGUUUGUUUUUACUCGAUUGCUACGGAUCCUCCUAUUAUUGGAACUCUAGAACUUAUUGAAAUCGAUACGGCGUCAUAUGAUUUUUCAUCUGAGUACGGGAAUAAUACAAUUUUGGUCAAUUAUGGUAGAUUCAGCUGCGGGCAAGAUCAGUGGGGUCCAGGGCUUACCAAUGACACUGAUAUAGUGUGGCGAUCGUGGCAGUCCGAGCUCAAGUUCCGGUCUAAGAACCUUAAGAGUGUGGAAAGAAUUUCGACUGCGAAGCCAAUCGCUGGGGCGAACCAGAAGCCGAAUUAUUUUCCGAUGAAGUUGUAUCAGAGUUGUGUGACUGUUGAGGCUUCAGGAGUUUUGGAGUACGAAUUGGAUGUGGAUGCUAAACUCGACUAUUUGUUGUGGUUUCAUUUUGCGGAGAUUUCUGAGAAUGUGACUAAGGCAGGGAAAAGAGUGUUUGAUGUGUUGGUGAAUGGGGUGAAUGUUCAUCGAUUGGAUGUUUUUAAGUCGGUUGGAGGGUUUAAGGCUUUUGAUUGGUAUUAUGUUGCCAAAAAUCUGACUAGUACUACUUUGAUUGUGAAUUUGAUUCCUGUUGUAGGAGAACCUAUUCUUUGUGGUUUGGAGAAUUACGCCAUUGUACCUAAUGAUCUUGCUACCGUUCCUGAUCAAGUUGUGGCUAUGAGGGCAUUGAAGCACUCGCUUCAAGUUACAGAUAGAAUGGGAUGGAAUGGUGAUCCAUGUGCUCCUACUACUUGGAAUGCUUGGGAAGGAGUUACUUGUCGUACUAACAAAGAUGGGAAUGCUCUUGUUAUAUCACAAAUUGACCUUGGGAGCCAAGGUUUGAAAGGAUACAUCACUGAUGAGAUCAGAUUCUUAGAGAACUUGGCUGUCUUGAAUUUGAGUUCUAAUUCUUUGGCGGGUACUUUGCCAGAGGGCCUAGGUCAACAAUCUCUUGUUAAGCUGGAUUUGUCGAAUAAUGAGUUUACAGGACCUAUUCCUGACAGUCUUGCUUCAUCCAAGAAUCUACGGCUUGUGCUGUUGAAUGAUAAUCAAUUGGAAGGACAAGUGCCAGAGCAGAUUUACUCUGUUGGUGUCCAUGGUGGAGCAAUUGAUCUCUCUACAAACAAGGGUCUGUGUGGCGUCCCUUCUUUGCCAGAAUGUCCUUUCCUUUGGAGAAAUGGUCAAUUGUCCAGUGGUGGAAAAAUAGCAAUCAGCAUAUCUUGUGUGGUUGUUUUCUGUAUACUGUUGCUGGUGACCUACAUAUGUAUCAGAAGGAGGAGGAAUGAUUAUGACUUUGGUCUACCGCAUGAGCUGACGUCAAUGGCUGCAAAAAGAAACCGCUAUCAUAGACAGAAAUCCUUGAUGGUCCUUGAAAUGGAGAGUCAGCAUGCCAAAGGUUUAAUACCAUCAUUGAAAUAGCCUCAAUAAUAUUGGACAUCUUUGGAUGAGAACAAGUUUUGUGGUAAUAUUCGUGGCUAACCAAUAGCAAAUACAAAAAGGUCUUACGAUAGCUGCUUAGACAUGAUUGAAGAGAGCUCACUACGAUGAAGAUUUUGAUUGGUUUGGCUUCUUCACAAUUUGUUGCGAACUGUGGUCACAAAACAAGGUAUAACUUGAGAAAUACAGUGCUUUUUAUUAGGGGAUAACAAAAGAGUGAAUGCCUCUGAUACUUGUAUGUAUUACACCCAAUUUUGGGGGCAAUUUGUUGUAUGAUGGAUGAUGUUAACAUCCAUUGUUGAAAUGGUUCAAAAAUUCAAUCAUGGGUUCAACCUGUUGAUGGUCCCGAGUUCCGACUGCAAACUCCAUUGUCUAUUGUCAUUCUGUUUAUCAUCAUCUUAGCUAUGUAGUCUUGUGUAAAAAUUAAAUUUUUUGUAUAUUCUUUGUGGUCUGUCAGCUUAAUACUCUAUUUUGUUUCACCAA